GUUAAACCAUUGACAAUACUUCUGAUACGGCACAUCUCUCACAGUUCCUACGCAAGCCAUCCUGCAUAAACUAUGCCUGCCUCCUCCGCCGUUCAACAGUCCCUCACUUCCCUCUUGCCGACAUACGCUCAGAAACUUCCCGCCAAACUAACCCAUCUCUCCGAAUCUCUUCUCGCCCAAUCCCGCCAACGAGCCUCCCAACUCAAACCAGACGAAGAAAUCGCCCGCGCCUACGCCUGCUGCGAGAUCGCAUGCAAAAGACUCCGAGCGCAAUGCCGGCUACCCGCGGUCAAAGCCAGUGGCGCACCCUGCAAGCCAGCCGUAUAUAAGAAAUUGGUGACAUUUCUCGAAAGAGUCCUAGACGACGAUGCGGCAGCGUCGACGUCUAAAUCAACACCAGGAGGAAGGAAGAGAACUGCCGAUGGGAAUCCGAAAGUCGUCAUAUCUGUCCCAAGCACCAUUACCAAAAUAUCCAAUCCACAACCGAAUCCGUUCUUGGGGAAACUGAAAGCCAGCGCGAACAAGUCAGAUGCUGAUAACCUUGAUAACAACGGAGCACCUGCCUUCACAAUGCCGUCGAUACGAAAAUUGUGCACGAAAUUCUCAACGAUCCUCCCAGUGACGCACGUGUACACGGGAACUUGCGUUGUGCUCAAGCUCACCGAGAUCUGGCCUCGCGAAGACGGGUCCCUAGACGUCGACGACGCACUCAUAGAAGAAGUUACAGGCCUCCUCAUUGCGCUGUACCUGAUGACAUUGACACGCAUGAUGACCGCCAAGAUGACGACGCCAGUGUAUAAGACAACAUGCGCAAAGGCUGUCGAGGAGUUACAUUAUAAGCCCGGACCUGCUGGCGUAGAAGCCUGGAUCAGACGGAUCAAUCGUGAAGGAUACUGUGGGAAACAGGAUUGGUGGUUGAGCGUACCUGAGUCGGUUAUCGACUUUGAUCCGCACAAGAAAAAGACCGCGACCGUCUUAGAAACCAAUGUUGAGGACGACGAAGACGACGAGGACAUAAUUCUAUCAAGUAAGAGGAAGCGCAAGGCUAGUGGGAAAGCUACGAAAGACCUCGAAGAGCAAGAUGAUCCUGAGGGUGUGCUUCUUCCUGGCUUGCUCACCAUGAUGCAAGAUGCUGUAGACUUUCUGAGCGACGAGCGCACACGAAAGUACGAAGCGUGGAAGAAGCAGUUCCUCAAAAAAUUGGAUAAGUUGGAUAAGACUCCGGCAGCCGGUGCUCGUAGAGCGAUUGCCGUGGAAUAGCAUAGCAGCAUCAGCUCGUAUUGAUAACAACAUCUUGGUGUCGUCGUGCUUGAUUGCUUCCAAUGCUCAUAGGGUAUCUCUGUCGAAUAUGGUACACUCAUCCGAGCUCCG